AUGCUGGAGCACAGCCUCUGUUCAGCACGUUGCAUGUCUUCGACACCGUUGCUGCCUUCGCAUCGCUUAUCUGCAGGUAUCGUUACACGGCAUUUUGUGGCUGUGGCUAUGCCGCCAUCACCCUCUCUCAGCUCAUUAGCAUGGCUUUCAUUUUCAACCUCGCUCAGCCCAUUCUUUUGUCCUUUGUCGACUGAAUUUUGCAGCGUUAACACCAUGGCAGAACUCGUGGGCAUCGCUGCAGCAGGGGCCGGCUUUGCAUCUCUCAUCCUCCAACUUGGCGAAUCCGCAGCGCAGCUUAAGAAGCUUGGCGACGACUACAAGGGCGCACCCGAUACACUUCGAAAUACUGCAUUCAUGGUUGAAACUAUGCAACAGCUGCUACAGCUAAUCAAAGAUGACCAAGAAGAGCAAGAUGGAACCAGAGGCUCAGAUCUUCUUGAUCGGUGCAUUGACAUGUGCCGACAGAGUCUCCGACACAUGUCGCGCGUAAUGACGAAGCUGGAGGAGACUAUGCAGCGUUCGACGUGGAGAGGCAAGCUCCGGACUGCUUUUGACGAUAAGCAGCUUGAGCAGUUAUGUACGGAGCUCAACCGGGCAACGAAUGUGCUUGUCUUUGGUUAUCAGUAUUUUGUUCAGGAACAACAGAGGCGUGAGCGCGAACGUGAUCGGGAGAUUGUACUUCAGCAGAUCGCGUUACUUCCUGGACUUAUACUACCUCAACAGCACCGUGACUUAUGCCGUACGACUACUGAGUGCUUUGCAUCGACAAGUGAUGUUAAGACCGCCAGCACCACCUCGCGGAUUCUAUCCACCAACACUGAUGACCACAGAUGGCGUGGUGCAAGGCAGUGCAGUAGACGCAAAGCUCCUUAUCGGACAAGAUGGACUGUCCAUGUGCGACCCUGGCUCGUCGCCUGGUCGUGGAAUAUCUCGAUGAGGUACUCCCAGGUUGGCUGGAACUUACACUAUCGUACGGAUCACCUUGUGGCGGAUGACUCGCCCGUGUUCUACUUUGCAGAGCGAGGCGAUCUGGCAGCGGUCCAGAAAUUGUUCAAUGGCGGCAUGGCCAGGCCGAAUACAUACCGCAAUAGGUAUGGAUAUGGCGAGAGUCUUUUGGAGGUGGCUAUUCAAUCCGAAAGUGUGGACCUCUGUAGGUACAUUUGGGGCCGACUAGAAAACGACGAGCAUGCAUGGAAGCUCUUGUCAUGGAAGGCCGGAGUUCCUCCCAGAUAUACGGACCUUUGCCGUCUUCUGUUCGACGGCGCUGAUCUUGAGGUAGAUCUUCGCGAUGGCGAGUACUGGAGGGCUCUCAUGCACCUGAUCGCUGUCGAACCACAUACUUGUCAACAGUUCACACAAGAACAACUUCGGCAUAUUUGCAUCAAGUUUGGGUUCGACUGGACCUGUGUCCAUCUUUGGACUCCGCGGCAGACGUCUUUCAAAGACUUCAUGCGGUCAUUUGGCUGGGACGAGCUCGACGACGACUUCACAUCUUACCGAACGGCAUCUGGAGGAACGUGGUUGCACGAGUUGUUCGACAAAUCCUUUAUCAAUCACGAAUGGAAGUGGGCACAGAUACAAGGCUUUGUGCGUGCCCUCAUCCAAGCUGGUAUCGAUGUCAACGUCCAGGACGACGACGGGAAUACCUGCCUCCGCAUUAUGUUGUGCAACGCCCCUGGACUAUCUCCUGACAGCCGAAGAUUGAUACUGGUUCAAGGUGCGCUCACUUGGUGGGUUGACGCUUUGCGUGACACCGGUUUCUUGCUCGAAGCCUAUGGGAAAAUCGAGGCCAGUCUGGAAGGGUCUAUACACGAUCCGACGUCGCGCAAAUGUUUCUCGUUCGAGGAUCGCAACCUUCUAUAUCGAAAUACCGGUGUACGAGCUCUGUGUCCCUCCAGGUGGCUGGACUACUUGUCUCUCCGAUCGUGUUCCAUCGCAGAUCUGCUGGCAACCAAGUUCCGAGGAUGUAUCGAGUGA